AUGGAGGGUUAUUACAUCCGUGGAUUACCUAUGGACAAUAACAAGGGAACUGCCCCACCACCAGUAAAACCUACUACCAAGAAAAUAACUACAGCAAAACCCACAACCAAGCAACCCACAACAGAAGCCUCUACUACCACAGUCACUCCUGAUUCCGAUGAUUCUGAUUACGAUAUAGAAUACCCCACUUGUGACUGCUGGACUCCCGAAUGUGGAUAUUGCACCAACAUGGAGUGUACUGUGAAACAAGAUCUGGCUACAUCCGACAGAGGUAUCCAAGUUACUUCCAAGCUAAGGAGAAAGAGAGAGAACUCAAUCGUGCUUUUCGAUGAGGACGCAAACGAAAUCGGGAAAUUCCAGUGGAACCUAAGGGGCAUCUGGUUGACUGGCUGCAUCACAUGUAUGACUCCUGUUCAUUUAAGACGUGCUAAAGUUGACGAAGGGCAAACCACCUGGUCCUUCUCCAUUAAAGACGGAAUAGUUCGAAUAACGAUCAACGGUGAGCACCUCUACGAGCAUACUCUAAUCGGAGAGUGCAAAGAAAGAUACGCCCAAGCUAAGAGGUUCGCUUUCUACGACAUGACCUGUGAGAAUACUUUCUCAUAUAGUCCUAGUGAGAUGGAAGCUGGAGAGAGAAUCACACCGGACUGUGCUGGCACAUGUUCCGAACAGUAA